UAUAAUGUUUCAUUAUCAUAACAUUCGAUGAUAAAUAUGGAUACAGGAAGCCAUCAGGACCCUGUAGGGGUUCUAAUCGACCCGGAAAGCCCGCCGUCGGAGCUGAUAUCGGCGAUGAAGCGCAUAGCGGAGCGGUCGCUGAAAGACCCCGUGGCAAGGGGCAGUUUCUGCGAGGACUGUCCGGAGGGACCAAGCGUCGUACUGACCAGGCUGACCGAUGUCCUGAGAACGACGUCCAGUCCUCAGCUCAAGAUGCACGCCUGUGCCACUCUAGGAGCGCUAGCACACGGCGACAGACAGGUGAGAGAACAGGUGUGUCAGCUAGGUGUGUUAGCUGCACUGACAGGUAUCCUGAGAGAGAAGCAGGAGGAACAUGGGCGCCUCCUACCUGAUCAGCUCAAACUGCAGGAACAGACAGCUGCCCUUGUUCGCAAACUUACCCACCAAUACAAGUGUCAGUUGGACGACCUGAGGCAGUCCCAGAUCCUGAGCUUACUGUUGCAGUUCUGUGACGUCUACGGCAGGGACACGCGGGGAAAGUUCAGACACGCCUUCCCCGCGGAGUCUCGCUGCUUCCUCAGACGCCUCACGACGGGAAAACAGCUAGUGGGGCGAGUCACGGAGCUACGGAAGCUGGAACGCAAAAUGGUGAUGCAGCGUUUCAACCGCAGGCAUGUCAUAGGCUUGUGCGAGGACAGGGUGUAUCUGUGCGAGCUGUACGACACGACGACGACCGAUGACGUGUUGGUCAGCGCGGAACUGGUGAAGGCGGGGCUAGCCUGGGUGGAGCCUGAGGACGUGAUGUAUCCUAGCAACAAGGGGUCAGAGGGCAUCGAGGAUGAUGACAGGGGAGUGUGGAAGGACAUGUUUGUGACAUGCUGGGUUGAUGGAAGUCACUUCUGGGCUCAUGUCGGUGGUGACGACACUCACGGCACCAUCAAGAGGAUACAGGACGAGAUAAAGUCCGCUAAGUCUCGCGCUGAGCCUCUGAUAAAGUGCCCAGAAGUAGGUGACAUGGUGGUAGCUCCUCCGAAGGGAAAUCAGGAUGAAAGUAAGGACGACCUUCCUGGCUCACCCGGUACUACAGGGUACCGCGCGGUGGUGACAGAGGUCAAGGUUGGCAUGGUGUCUCAAGUUCGUGUACACGCCGUCGACUACGGUUUCGAUACGGAUGUGUCGUGGAUCCUGUUGACGAAGGUCCCUUUGUCAGUCAGUGACGUUCCCCCACAAGCCACUGCCUGUGUGUUGAGGUCUGUUAUCCCCCCUCCCCCAAGUGUUCCUGCCUUGUGUAGUGUUCUAGGCACCUUGUGUAAUCUCACCCAAGACCAAUGUAAAGUCAGUGACAUGAUUGUUGAGAAGGAAGGCCUCUCUCUUGUAACAAAGCUCUGCUACUCUCCUGUUGACGAGGUCUGUAGACUGUCCGCCAGCGUUCUUCUCAACCUGGCCAGAAGUUCCCGCAUACGAAACCGAAUGGGUCUUCUCGGGGCGCCUAAGGCUCUACUAGACAUGUGUCAGAGGUAUGUCAAGGAUGAUGCAAUCCUGGAGGCCGGGAUAGGGGCUUUGAGGAACCUGAUGUACCAGUGUAUGCCUAACCGCUGGCGACUGGUGGAUCUUAAAGGGUUUAUGGUGCUCAUGCACAUCUACAAAACCUCGAAGAAUGAGAGCAUAAAGUUGCAAGCACUGGGUGCAAUCAAGAACCUGGUGGGCGAAGGAAACACAAAAGGCGAUCCGGACUUCACACUGAAGUAUAAUGGAUCUCCAAGAAAUGAAGACGGCUACCACUUCCUCAAGGCUAUGAAGAAAGAAUCCAAACUGGAAGGCGAUAGAGAAAUUGACAAGAAAAGUUCUCCACGUACUAGUGGUAAAAUUGAGUCUCUGUCAGAAGAUGCAGAGGAAUCAGAAUCAUUGGCAAAGUUCAUUCUCAACAACGUCACGAAAGCCAAAAGGUCGCGCACAGCCUCCGAGCCAGCUUCAAGGUCAAAAGGAAGUCCCAAAUCUGGAGACAAAAAGUCGGAAUCUAAGACGACUUCAGCUAGAUCACAGAAUAGAUCACGAUCAAAGUCAGAGGAAUCACCUAAAUCUAUAUCCCCAAGGAGGUCCAGAUCACCAAGGAAGUCGCCCGAAAAGUCAACACAAGAGUCACCUACAAGAAAGAAGAGUGACAGGAAGUUAAGAAAAGGGGAGGUCCAUCCAGACCCGACUGAAGUCAGUCUUGGUACAGACACUUUGAACUCAUUCUUUGAUGACCUAAGUGAUGCAGGUUCUGUCAAAGACACAGUAGCGGCGAAGGAAUUCUUACAAACGGUCCUGUCCCCAGAUAUCCCGUCUUCUCGGCCGCUAAGCGAGGAACCGAAGUAUGUGCAGGGGUUUGUUGUAGACUUUGUGGAAGACACAACGCAUGACAUCAGACCUCAGACAUCAGUGGACAAAAUCUCCAUCACCACCAUAGGGAGGAUCACAUGUGCUUUUCUGAACAGUGGGAGAGGGGGUACGUUGUACCUGGGUAUCAAGCCUGACUACACCGUACGCGGUAUAGAAAUCACACGGCACGAGAGGGACGAGUUCCGUCUAGGGAUCGACCGCCUGAUGACCAGGAUGAUACCGCCUGUGAAACACGACAAGUACCAGGUGGUUUUCCACCCAGUUAUCUCCCGGAGUGGCUGUGACAGCCCGGAUACGCGGAAGUGCGUGGAAGAUCUGCAUGUUAUCGAGGUGCAGAUCCGGCCGUCGUUCGGAGUGGUCUAUGGCACGUGGGAGGACAGGUGUUAUGUCCGCAUGAACACAAAGAACACUAAGUUGACCCAUCAAGAUGUGAGGGAGUUGGUCCUGAAUGAAGAGGAGCAGCGGUACCAAGCAGAGGUGGAGAGUCUACAGAGUGAGAUCCAGAGACUACAGACACAACUCAGGUCACCUUCCAGAGAUAAUCACAACAAGGACAGUCCACAAAAAGGGAAUGGCAGUGCACUGAGCAACAUGGCCUCAGGAGUGAUGCAAGGGAACUCCCUGAACAGUUCCUCCGACCGUUCUCCUCCAAAAGAAGCCAUAUCACCCUCAAGUCCUGGGGAAAAAUGUAACGUGUCAUAGUCAAAUGGAAAUCUGUUCACAUGGUGUUCCGAGUUUGUAGUAAGAGGUUACACUGAGAACUAAAAACACUGAAAAAGUUUCCAAAUUUACAGUAACUAAAGGAAAGAUCAUGGAAAGAGGGCUGUUAAAAAUGGAAGAAAAAUUUACAAUGGGGUGAUACAUUGAACCCCCAAAGUAUGUUGGUACUAGUAGCAAUGGGGCCUUGCCACAACUUUAUGGCGCAAUUGUGAAAAAAAAAUUUUUAAGAACUAUGGCACACCUGACAUAUGUUACAAGGAAUGGCUAGGCAGUUAUUAAUACAGUACAUCAAUACAGUACAUGUAAAUAUGUUAUUAGACCAGGUCAGUUGUGGUGGCCCGCCUACAUACUAGUAUGCAAAGCAAUGGUAACACUACUUAAGUCCAGAAAUUCACAAGUCAACAUUUUAAAACUUUAUCAAGUCGAUGUUACAAAAACACUGGAUGCAAUAUGCAGAAAAUACCCACCCCAACCAUUUCAACAGUUACACAGUACAGUUACCUGUAUGUAUUCGGUCCCGAAUUGAUGGACCAGGCACAGUAUCAGCUUUUACGAUUUUGUAGUCUCAAAUAUGCUACACUCAGUGCAGAUAGGUUUGAAUAACUUGCAAGAAAAGUGCUCUCCUAUUAUAACUUUGUAUGUACCAUAUCUUGCCCAAUAUUUUGAAUUCUAGUUCUGUUGUGUUUUUGUGUAGAAAUUCUAAUGUUACUAGCCAAGGCAAGUUUUACUAAAUGUAGUUUGGUUAUACUACAAGUUGCAAUAGGUUAUAUUAGUAGUAGGCCUAGCUACAUUUAUACAUUGUACUUUAUAGUUUGGUUAUGUUUUUAUUGUGUAGUAGAACAUCUCAGUUUUAGUUUGUCAUUAGUUAUCAAGUUUGUAGAUAAUGAUUUCACCCAAUUUGGGGCUGUCUCAUACUCUCCAAGCAGAGGUAAGAGGAAAAGAUUGUUAGCACAGUGAGAGAUCUAUUGUGGGAAGUUGAUAGCCCCUGGGACAAGAAUAUAACAUGUCUGGACAAGUAUUAAGCUAGACAAGAACUGUUUACAAGUUAGGGGCUUUCACCUUUGACAUAUUACCCAGAAUACAUCUCUGUCUGUGUGUAUGGUCCAGUUUAUUCUGAUGAAGGCAAGUAGAGUGUUAGUGGAGAAAUUCAGUAUGUCCAGUUCCUUGUUGGAAGAAAAAGUAUGUUUUUUUAUUGUACAUGUUCAAAAAGCAGACAUUAAACUGUUAUUUUUCAUAGCAUUGUGCCUUUUUUUUGGCAUUGUCAGUCAGUAAGUGUAUUGCAAUUUAACAAGCAUAACAUGUAAGUACUCUUCUAACCAAAAACAACACGACUAGCAACUUGAACACAUACUAGUAGCAGUCACUUUAUUGGAGGAGGGAGGGCUUGAAAGUGUAGCAUUUACAGAGUUUGUUGUUCAAUCAAGGUAUUUCAAUAAAACAAAUACAGUUCUGA